AUGGAAAGUAAAAUAUUUACAUUUCACAUCCAUUUACCGGAAGGAAUAGAAAAAGUCGGGCAACCCAUAGUUCUCGGCAAUAGAAAAGAACUAGGUUAUUGGGAAAACCCUAUCGUAAAACUUCGUCAACCAUUCCUCGAAAGUCCAACUUAUUGGCAAUCUGAACCGAUAACCAUUUCCUUGUCCAAUUUAUUAGAAAAAGAUGAUAUUAUGUAUAGAUUUGCUAUUCACGUACCAAAGAAAAGUGAAAAAUUCAUAUUUGAAGGAAAUGACGAUAAAGAUAAUCGUAUAUUGGAUAUUGAAAGAAAUAAUCAAUUUGCCAUAUGGAAAAAUAACGUUAUAUAUCUCAAUGACAUUCAAGAUUAUGCAUUUGUAGAUUAUAUUUUUAAUUCUAUUGGAUCUUACAACCUUAAAGACAAAGUUACUGAAUAUCAAUAUUUAUUAUCUCUUCAUAAUGAGCUUACAGUUAACGUAUCAAAUAUCGAAUUCAUCAACAACCAUAUUGAUGAUAAAUUGAGAGAAAAACGUCUUUUUUUAUGCCUUCUUCUAGGGUAUCAUAUUUCAAGACAGGAUUCGAAUUAUGAAUUACCAAAAUUCUUUCUAUCUGAAUUAUUGCUUGAUGCACUUGACAACUAUAAUCAGGAAAAAUUUUCAGAUGUAAAGGUUCAAAUGCAUAUUGCGUUUACAACUUUAAUUCAACAUAACGCCUUUCAAUAUCAAUUUAAUUGGCUUAAGAAAUUUGCAAUAGCGGCGGACGUUGAUCCUGGAUAUACCUUUGUCAAUCGUUUAAAAGCACUAAAGUAUCAUGACGAUGAUUUAUUGGCGACAUUUAUAAAGGAGGCGGAAAUGAUCAGUCCUUAUAUUAAGAAUAUUGAAUUUGAUAUUUACAUUAAUCUUGCGAAGUGGUUAAUCCAAUUAUGCCAUAAUAAUGACUCACUUUUCAAAUUAUGGAACGAUAUACUUUUCCAUAAUAGCGUAAUUGAUGAGAGCAUUCUCAAUUCCUUAAUUGAUCAAAUUCAAAAGAAUAUUUCUUAUGAUAAUGCUGUUAAUUUAGAAAAUCAUUUUAAAAGGGUUCCAAUAAAUCUCCAGGGUAAUGUUACUGAAGUUUUUCGAAAUCAUUCUUUAUUUUUACUUAAAAGUCCACUUGCUAAGUGGACGGAUCCGAAUAUUAAUGCCAUAAGAAUGCUUAUUCAAAAUGAUAGUUUAAAUUGGAACAGAGAAGAUAUCAUACAAUUAUUGGAACUUGUGUCUCAAUCCUGUAAUUUAGAACUAUUAACUUUAUUUCCUGAAAUUUUGGACAACUGGUUUCGUAGGGAUUUUUCAGAUACAAAAGAAAAAAAGAUGCCAAACAUUUCUAAAAAUUGGUUCAUAUUUCUUUUAAACAAAUUAGAUAGUAAUAAUACCAAUAAAAGUAUAUUUAUAUUUUCGGUAUUUCAACAUUUAGAACGUAUGCAUCCUUUGCUUGGUCACCGGAAAAAUAUUUGGGAGAACUUAACAAUAAUUACUUUAGAUAGGGUAAAGGGAUGUUCAGAAUCUCAGAUAAUUGGUGCAAUAAAAUUUAUAGCCCAGAUAAAAGAACAAAAAGUAAAAGAAUUAUUUUUGGAGCUUGUUAAAGAAACAUUGAAUAAAGUUAUUCAAGAAAUUGAACCGUUGAUUAAUAGAAUAUUCUUGAUUUGCAAUUGUGAAGAAAAAACGCUAGAGAUUCCAAAUGCGAUGUGUGAAGAUAUUUUGUGCUAUAUCAUGACUAGACUACAACAUUAUUUAUCCGAUCAGUAUAUAAAUAUCAUGAAUUCUAGAAAGUUAUGGGUUAUUAUAUUAAAUGCAACCGGGAACAUUGAAAAACUCCGUGCAAACGCUUAUAUUCAACGUAUUAAAACAUCUAUCACUGAACUUAACAGAUUACUUUUAGAAAAAAGGAUAAAUAUGAGAUUAUUACAAUUACUAUUGGAAUACUCUGACGAGCAAAUAUUUCAAUAUUUUGAAGAAACUAUAGGUAAAAACAAAUCUAUGGAUGACGUGAUAAUCUCUCAAGAAGAAAUUGCGGAACUUAGAAAAUAUUUUCAACUUGAAAUCGAGAUGUUCAUCAAAUUUCUUGACAAAUUUUGUUCAAGUGCUCAAGUAAUAGAUAGAAAUGAUUUUAUUCGAAAUAUGCAAAAUUCAGAAUUAAAACAAUUAAUGGUAUCAAAUUAUUGGAAGAAUAUGUUUGACAAUGUAAGACGUUGUUACAAAUAUUAUCAAUCUCAAGUUUUUCAAAAUGUCUUUGAGACUUGCAUCCGAGAAGAUACUGGUGCAAUAAAAGUAGAAUACAUAUCGCAAAGAUUAAUACCAGUUGUUUUUGAAAGAUAUGAUACUAUUUGUAAACAAUUGAAGGAAUGGGAAAAACUUAAAUGCUCUGAUACGUCUUUGUUUUGGAACAACAUCACGGAUGUUAACGCAGAACUCGAUUUAAUAGGUUAUAAAAAUAAAAAUCAGCAAUUUGUACAAGCCCUUAAUAAUUUAUUAAGAAUUCCCCAUUGGAUUGAACAAUUGAUAAAUUUAGAAAAUGUAGUAAAAAAUUUUGGAGUAUUGCAUAAUGAAGAUGAUUGGCUAUCAAAAUCAAUUCGUAUUUUGAAAGAUGAUACAAUGAAACUUGGGCAAAUGUGUAAUUUUUUUGAUUACCUUAAUAGAAAUCUAUCUGAUGUUAAUCAAGAUUGCUGGAAAUUGGUUAAAGAGUUGUCGAAUGCUGACGAAUUAGUGUGUUUUUUAAAGAAAAAUUUAGAAUUUGAUACCAGAAAUUUAAUUAAUUGUGAAUAUUAUUCAGAUGAAGAAACUAGAAUUUCAUCACUUAUUCAAAUUAAGCAAUGUUUAUUUUCUCUUAUGAAUAAAAAUAUAGAAUCUAUUGCUGGUUUGUUGAAGGAAUUACUAAUUGUUAUAAGAAAGAAUCAUAAUAUAGGAGAAAAGAUCGCAUUAUGUAAAAGUAGCCAAAAUCCUGGAAAGGUUACUAAGGAAAAAAUUAAAAAUGCUGUACAUAAUGGAACUUUUGUAUUUGUAUAUGAUCAAAUAGAAGACAAGUGCUUAUUUUCUUUACAGUGUCCUAAAUUCAAUGAGAUGUGCAAUUUUAAUGAGAUUUUGAAUUUGCGUGAACGAGCUCUUUUUAUUACAAACAAAAAUAAUAUAACUAUGAUGAAUGAUAAUGAUGCUGAAACGUCCAAAUAUGCAAUGAAACAGUUUAUUAUUCAAGUUGAUAUUGCACGAGAAAUAGUUAGCAUUGUUUCUAUGUUAAUGCAAACGGGACAUUUUGACUAUAGAAAGUUUGAAAAGAAAUUACAGGGAACAGACAAUAUGAAUGAUUAUCUUAAAUUUUUAAAGGAGGAACUUAAGAAAUGGCAAUCAAUGAUAGAUCAUGCGCAUAAAAAAUGUUACUAUUUAACAUUCUUAUCAGCUCGUCAUGUUUUGGCGUUAUAUGAUUAUUUUGUAUCAGAAGUUUCGGAUAGAGAAAAUGAAGAAGAAUGUAAAGCAUUAAUUAGAUUUGUAAAUAGCAAAGCCCAAUUAUCACCAUCUCAUAGAGAUGUACAAAGAAUUUUACGUGAAUCUAAAGAUUAUUUUGAAAUCCUUUGUGAAAUCGGAAAUGAAUUAGAAAGAAUUUUCAGAAAUAUUCCAAAGCGAUCACGUAAAUUUGAUGCUGUUGAACAGCGUGUAAUGCAAGAUGUCGUUACAAAAAAUAAAUUAUUUAUUGCUACUUGUAAUGAUAAAUCACGAGUUCCAAACAUUAUUAUGUCAUUAUAUGCUAAUCACGGAUAUUACCCCGAAUCAUGGCAGCUUUUGAUAUGUACUUCUUUAACUACUAUAGAAGAACUUACAAUUUUCAUAAAAAGAAGUUCCUUCGCAUCAAAUAAUGGAUAUGGAGGUCAAUUAUUUUGUAUUGCAAAUGUAGAAGUGUUAAAUUUAAAUUCACAACGUAAUUUAGUUAAUCAAAUUAGGUCAAUGCAAAGUCAAAAGAAGGAAUAUCGUUUGGCGCUAAUUUAUUACAAAAAUGAAAAUGAAAUGUGUCAUUAUAUUUUAGAUCAAUUAUCUUCAAAUAUGCAUGCAACUAAUGGUUUAAAUGACAAAAUUAUGAAUCAAAUUUAUAAAGAACUGUGUCAGAAUGUUAUACGUGUUUCAUCUGACUUAUCUGGGCAAGGAAAAACUAAAUGGAUCAAGGAGGAUAGUUCUAUUAAAAAGAAAAUUCCACGUAAUUUUUUAAUAAGUGAUAGUAUGGAAUUCAGGUUGCUUGUACGGAAAUUCAAAAAUUUUAAACUUCAACCCGUAGAAAGCUUACAUAUCAACAUAGUGUCGGUGGACUAUCCUGAGGAUGUUAACAUGUUCUUGUUUGAGUUAUUAACUUUGGGCAUGGUUUUUACCGAUGUUGACAUAGCUUGCUUACCUUUAUCUGAUACACCUAUACAUAUAUUUAUCGAAAUAUCCUCAAAUACAAAACAGGAUUUACUUAAUUCUCUUCCUAUGACAAGAUAUUUAUCGUUCAAUCAUUUAACCUGGAAUAUCAAAAAUUUGAUAGUUUCACAAGAAAUUUAUAGUCCAAUCCAAAUUACUUGUAAUUAUUUGGAUUUAUUAGAUCGUAACGAAAUUGAUUCAAAAGAAAUCUUUUUUCAACCAGAUAAAGAAAUAAAACCAGCGGCACGAUGUCAAUAUCUUAUUGCAAAAUAUCUUUUUAAUAACAAUGCUGAAGAUAUUUCUUCAUUUCGAUUUGUUGAAAUGUUUGUCAAUGUCCUUGCGGAUCAAUUAGUACGAUUAUCAUCAAGUAAACUCCUUACCAUUAAUAAUCUAGAAUUAAUUGUUAAAGCGACUAUUAAAACUACAAUAUUAAGGACUUUAAUAAAUGUCUCAAAAGAUUUUGCAAUCAGAUCUUUUAAGAUAAAAGAAUCACAACUAGAAUCUGAGACUUAUGCAAAUGGCGAAAAUGAAUAUCUUAGUACAAUUGUUCAAUGGGAUGAUUCAAAUCAUCCUAUUUUAUUUUUCAAUUCCAAUACUUCAGAUAUAAUGUCAAUUUUAUAUCGUGACAGAACAAAGGUUCAUGAUGACAUUAAAAAUUUACUAAAAAGUCAAGUAAUUGGAGACCAAACCAAUUGGGAAUUAGAUGAUUAUAAUUUAAUGUCUCAAAAUGCCCUUUUCGCAAAGUUAGAAUCUAUGACACGAAAUUCAGCAGAAAAAUUAAACCUUCCUGAAUAUGCUUUAUCUUGUGAUAAUUUAAUAAAAAUGAUCUUAAUGCUUUUAAGAGAGCGUGCAAACAUUCCAGUAGUAGUUUGUGGUGAAGCAGGAUGCGGAAAAACAAGUUUAAUUGCAUAUCUAGCUAUGGUAGUUGAAGUUCCAUUUCAAAUUCUUAAUCUUCAUGCUGGAAUUGAUGGACGGGCUAUUACAAUCUUUAUGGAUAAUGCCUUGAAAAUAGCAGAAAAUAGUAAAGUGUGGAUAUUAUUUGACGAAAUCAACACGUGUAAUUAUAUAGGUUUACUUGCAGAUUUAAUAUCUAGCAGAGUUUAUAAGGGAAAACCUAUACAUCAAAAUAUUCGGCUAUUUGCUACUUGUAAUCCAUACCGUUUUCGCAAAAGGAUGCAAAACGAAGCUUGUUUGACAAAUAAAAAGUUAGAAGAACAAAGUAAUCUUAUUUAUCAAGUAAAACCACUUCCCAGUCAAGUUUUAGAUUAUGUAUGGGACUAUGAUGUUUUAAAACCAGAUGAUGAAUUGAAAUAUAUUGAAAUAAUGGUUAAAGAUUUAAAAAGUUUAGGACAUCCCGUAUUUGUUGAACUCUUGUUUGCUUCUCAAAAAUUUAUUCGAAAAGUUGAAGAACCAUACAGUGUUAGCUUACGCGAUGUUAAACGAGCUAUAACAUUGGUGAAGUUCUUUUAUAAUUCUCUUAUAAAACGUCCAGCUUACAAGAAGGAACAUAAAUAUCCACCAUCUGGAAAUCCGACUAAACUGACCAGAACUUAUGUUUUAGCACUUAGUCUUUGUUAUCAUUCUCGAAUAUAUGACGAAAAUUCACGUAAACAAUAUCGUCGUAAAAUGGGACAAAUAUUACAAAAUCACAAAGUUUAUAUAGGAGAACACAUGUUUGCUAAAAUUAUACGCGAAGAACAGGAGGAUUAUAUUAAUAGAAUGCAAUGUCCACCUAAUACAGCUAACAAUGAAGCCUUAUUAGAGAAUGUUUUGGUUAUGAUUGUAUGCAUUUUGACACGCACCCCCUUGUUCCUUAUAGGGGUUCCGGGCUCUUCGAAAUCUUUGGCAAUUCGUCUUAUAAAUUCGAAUUUACGUGGAUCUGAUUCAAAUGAUAAAUAUUUUAGAAAGCUACCCCAGAUUUAUUUAAUUCCACAUCAAGGAUCGUCAUCUUCAACUUCUGACUGUAUAAUAAAGGUUUUUGAUAAGGCAAAUAAAUAUCAAGAAACGACCUCCGAGCAAUUUCCAGUUAUUAGUGUUGUUUUACUUGAUGAUGUUGGUACGAGUCCUCAUUCUCUGCUUGAGCCAAGCUAUCCGGCCACAGGACCAACUGUUUCGGUGAUAGGAAUAUCUAAUUGGCGUCCAGAUAAUAGUAUGAGUAGCCGCGCAUUACUUGUUCAGAGGCCACAAUUUAGUUUAGAUGAUUUAGUUGACACCGCUGAAUGCUUAUUGAAAACAGGGGUUAUUGGACAUGGACAAAAAGGCGCUUUAGAACCUUUAGCUAAAGCAUAUAUGGAUUAUGAAAAAAAUGGUCAAGCUUUGCCUAACUUUCAUGGUCUUCGUGACUAUUACGCAUUGGUCAAACGGCUUUCAUUAGAUGAAAUGACCCCAGAGAAUAUUCAAAUGGCAUUGGAUCGCAGUUUUGGGGGAACAGAAAAUGAUAAAUUGUACGAAAAAUAUUUUGGAAACGUACUCAAGACAUUUAAUAAUCAUAAACCAUGGUUAUAUAAACCAACUCCUGUUGAAAAAUUGAUCGAUGCAAAUUUAGAUGAUCCUGAUGCACGUCAUUUAAUGAUUAUCAGUAAAAGUAACUCGAUAGUAGAUUUAUUAACUUAUCAGUUUAAACGAAGAGAUUUGGAUCCCAUUGUAAUUUUAGGAUCACAGUUUCCUGAUGACCAGGAUGAUUAUUCUUACAGUGUUUUAAGUAGAAUCAUGAUGUGUGUUGAGAUAGGAAAACCAUUAAUUCUAACAGACUUGGAAAUAAUUUAUAGGAGUCUUUACGAUUUAUGGAAUCAAAAUUAUAUUGUACUGGGUGACAAGGAAAAUCCAAAAUACUUUACACGAGUUGCACUUGGAGCUCACGCCAAUCCUAUGCUUAAUGUUUCACCGAAUUUCAAAUGUAUUCUUGUCAUGGAUGAAAAGAACUUGCCUUCAGCUGAUCCUCCACUACUUAGUCGAUUUGAAAAACAAAAAAUGUCGAUUAGUGACAUACUUGAUGAUAGACAAAAAGACCUUGUGCAACAUUUAGACAGUUGGGUAAAACAAAUGACAACUUUGGUUGGAGUUAAUCAAGUAACCCUACGUAAUAAACUCACCCAGAAGGAUCUAUUCAUUGGGUUCGAUAAGGAUGAAACCUUACUAAGUUUAGUUAUCGAUAUUACAAAGAAUAAUCCUGAAGCCGAUGAUGAUGAGAUUUUAGAAAAAUGCAAGGAAUGUUUAAUUGCAAUAGCAUCUUCUGAUGGGGCCAUAAGAGCUGAACGAUCAGCUUUACAACGAGAUGAAAUUAAUCGGUGGAAACAUGUUUAUUUCCAUCAACAGCAUCAUGAUAGUCUUUAUGAUUAUUUUCUCGCGUUAUUCAGUCAAGAAAAAUCAUUGGCAGCAUCAAAUGAAAAUUUAGUAAUUAUUAACACAUUCUCAAAUAUUAAUAUGGAUGUCAAAUCUUGUUUACAAGGACUUGUAAAAUGUCAAGUAAAUAGAUUGUCAACUUUCAGAACUGAAAUUCAAUUCUCAAACUGGGUAAAACAUUUUUGGUUAGAAUCAACCGACCAUUUGUUAAUUCUUCAAUAUGAUAUUACUUGUAUUUGUAUGAUUAAGUUGGCUAAAUUUAUUAUUGAACAAUUCCGAAAUGAAUUUAUUUCAAAGAAAAGUCAAAUGGAACACUCUAUUCCUAUGAAAUAUUCGUGCAUUAUAUUUCAUAUUAACCGAGAACAUCAAAGUUCAACUUCAACACCCUUUAAUUUCAUGUGUGGCUGGAAACAGAUUACGAUUGAAUCCUUAGACCAAAAGAUACAAUUACGUAAUUUAUUGGAUUGUUCUUUACAUGAUAUAAUAAAUUCAGAAAUUUUUAAGAAAAUAAUCAAUUCUACUAAGCCAUUUGAAAAACUCUUUAAAGAUGAAUUAUUGUGGUUCUUUUCAUGUAUAGAAUAUCGACCCUUUAAUGAAAGUUACAGCAGGAUGUUAUACAAAGAAAUAUUGAGCGACACCAAUUUUAUUCAAUGUAUAAAAACAAAAACUUUCAAAUGGAUUUUUCUAAAUUGUGAAGAUUGGCAAUUUGAAACAGCUUAUAACAAAGAUUAUUUAAACCAGUUUGGAUCCUUUUCGUUAGCAUUGCAGAAUUAUGUAAAGACAACUAUUAAACAAACGAUAGCAAAAAUCUUAUACUCACUUGAAAAGUUAUCAGCAACAGCAACAUUUUUCACUAUUAAAAAUAAUGAAGAAUCUGAAAUGAAAUUAGAGUUGUGUGAUUUAUGGAAAAAAAUGUUAAUGGACGAUACAAUAAUCAAUAUAAAUAAUUUAUCAAAAGCAGAACCUUCGAAAUAUAUAAUGCCAUGUGCAACAGUUAAUGAACUAGGAUUUCCAUUUUCAUAUUAUAUUAUGAAUCAAAUUAAUUAUUAUGAAGAUUAUUAUGAAGAAGAAUUAUAUAUAUUGAGUCAAGACCCGGAAAAUAUUAAUAACAACACUAAAAAAUUACAUGAAGAAUUAAUUGAAGAACAUAUUGAAGAUUUCAAGAAUAAUUUACGUAAUAUAUUUUCUGUCAACCCAAUUUUUGAAAACUUGGAAAGAUAUUCAGAAUUAUAUUAUAAUGAUUUUAUUAAGAUUAUAUUAUCAACUUACUCUACUACUAGAAAACUAAAGAGUAAAAAAGAAUUAGAUUUCAUUUUAAGGAAUUUAGUUGGAGACAAAAUAGUCAAUGAUCCAUUUCUCCUUCAUCUUUAUUGGUGGAAAUAUAGAGAUAAUAUUUUAACACAAUUACAAUUGGUUGAAAAUUUUCCGUCUAUUAUUACGAAAAUACAAGAAGAAUUUAUUGUGUAUGGCACACUUGAUCAAUAUCUUUUUAAAGAAUCAAUUGGUUUUAUAUUACAAAAAAUUUGCAACAAUGAUGAUGAAUGGGAACAUAAGAUGAGUAUUAUUCUAUCGUUAAGCAAUAAAAUCAAUACCACAAAAAAUUCGGCAAUCCUUUCUUUAUUGCUUAUAUGUAGUGAUCUAUUUAAAAUCAAUACUAUUCCGUUAGAAAAAAUCAAAGAGGUGAUUAAUUUAGGAAAAACUGCCAAAAAACAAGAACUUAUUAACGUUGAUAUUAUUGAGUUUAUAUUUGAUGAUUUAGAUUAUAAUAAUAAUUCAACUCAUAUUAGAUCUUUUAUUAUGAGAAUUCUUGACCUUAUUCCUAUAGAAUCUGAAAUACGACUGAUUAUUUACAAAAAUAUACUUAAUCGAAAACCAUUUCAAUUAAUUAAUGUAAUAAUUGAAAAAAUAUUUAUCACUGAAAAUCAACACAAUGAUAAAAUCUUUUUCACCCUGAUUAAAAACCCUGAAGCAGCUUUACAACUUUCAAAUCGAUUAAUUAUGAUUAAUAAAAAUCUCAAAAUUAAAGAUUCUGAAAAUAGUAUGGCGGAACUUUGCUGUGAAAUUAUUCAAAAUAUUUUUACUGAAUUUGAUUUAAAAGAAUUGUCACCUUAUUUCAAAUUUUCAAUUGAAACUUUUACUAAACAAGGAGAUUUUCCAUUGCAACAAAUAGCUUCAGUAGCUCUCCUAAAAGAAUUUAUAUUUAAGUUCUGGGACAAUUAUGUAAAAGAGGAUAAUUCUUUAUCCAGAUCACUAGUUAAAGAGAUUAAUGAAUGCGUUAUUAUUGAUCAUUCGUUUAUUCAAUCUCUCAGAUCAUAUUUUUUACUUGAAUUACGCUUGCAACAAGAAGAUAUAAACCAACUUCAGAAAUUAAAGGAAGAUUUUCCAUGGAUUGAAAAUGAAAAUGAAAUUAAUUUUCUUCCGAAAUUUUGGACUUCAAUUAAACAAGUGAAUUUUGGAGAUUUCAGUACUUUUUAUAAUAGUGAUUUUAAUAAAAAUUCGGAUGAUUAUCCCUUUAUAUCUGCGUAUAUUAGUAAUUAUAAUAAGUUAAAGCUUAUAAAACACCUAUAUCCAAUCGUUAGAUUUGUAAAGAUUAUAAAUUCCAAACUUGAAUAUGUUUUAACCAGAAAAUCAGCUCAAACUAUAACGUUUAAGGAAUACAUCGAAAAGGAAUCAAUGGAUGAUAUUAAUAAUGGAAAUUAUUUAAAAUCUUUAUUUGAAGACUUUGCCUUGAGUUGGAACUCUGUUAUCACUAAUAUUAAUCAAAAUCAACCGGAGGAAUUGUACAUGGAUCUCGAACGUCCUGUUAUUUUUAGUUUAAUUGAGCGAAAGGAAGGAGGAAAUUAUUUAUGCAAAAUUUUGGAAUGGUUAAUCAAAUUUCAUAAUGAGUUUUUGGAUAAUGCUCUCGCUAUUCCAAUUGGAAAAUGUAAAAAUCUUAAAUUUUUAGAAGAUUCACCUUAUUAUAUCAAAUCCAUUAAAUUGUCUCAAAUGCAAGAUACUAACUUUAUAAAUGAGGAUAAUAAGAAGAUUUUAAAUUAUAGCCAAAGAAAAGAUGAGAAAAAUUUUAUUUUUGAUUUACAACAAAUUGAAAUGAUACUUGUUAAAGAAUUAGUUUAUGAUAAAGUUUAUAUUGAAAAGGAAGAUACUGGAUUUUAUUUGAAAGAUUUUACAUUUAAACAUGAAAUAUUUUAUAAUUCUAUAAGAAUUAUUUCCGAUAUUAAAAAUAUAUUACCACAAGAACCUAUCCCAAUUGAUAAAAUGUUAUUAAUUUUAGCAAUUUUUCAACCAUCAAAUUCUUUAAUUUUAGAGAAUUCAUUAAAUUCAAUCAAUUUGCAUGAAUUAUUGUUUCUUUUUGAAAAAAUUCUUUGUCUAAUCAAAGAAUUAUCAAUUAAGAAUAAUAAUAUACUCAUUAUUGAUUUUAUUAAUCAAUGGCUUAAAUUAGCAAGAUAUAAUAUAACAUUCAUUGAUAUCUUGAAAGAAUUUCCCUUAAAAUAUGUUAUAGCAAUAUAUGAGUUAAUAGAAGAACAAGUUACUAAUUCUACAAUUCAUACUAUUGAUGAUAAAUUUAAAGUUCCAUUGACUCAACAAAUUAAGGAUUCAAUUAAUAAUUUUAUAAAUCAUCAACUUGUUUCUCCUAAAGCAUUUGCUCUUGCCUUAAAGAGAUUUAUUAAUAGAUUCUUAUUAAUCGAUACUAAUAUAGAAAAUUUAAAUUUAAGAAUAUAUUUCUUGGAUUUUACUUUAGAGUUAUGGACAAGUGAUAUUAAUAAAGAGAUUAUUAGAGUAUCAUUUCCUACUAACUUAUUAGUAUCACAUGCUUAUAAUUGUUAUGUCUUUAUUGUUGAAGAAAUUGAGAAAACCAAGAAAGAAAACAUUUCUACUACACCUUCAACUACUGGAACUAGAAAAAAAUUAAAAAAUCUAAAAAGAUUUGAUUUUUAA